AUGAGGAAGUUAAAACUAGAUCCGCAAACCAUACGCAAUCGUUUACUAGUACAAAUAAUAAAAGAAAAGGGUGACACAGUUUCCAUAAGUGAUAAGUCCGGGAUUGCAACAGCUUUUUACGAAGAACUUAAAUUUUGUCACGACCAACGAGACCAAGCAGAACAAGUUUUUAGAAACACGGUCGAAUGCCUUAUAAAACAUCAUGACAGGGAAAUAAAAAAAUACGUAAAACAUCUGAAGAGCGAUGAUUGUCAGUUCCUUACUUUACGAAUUUGUAAUCAAUACUGGAAAAGACUUACAAUUGAACAUUAUAAAGAG